AUGCAGCUUGUUGGCUGCCUUUGGGGCUUCGUGCUGGGUUGGCAGCAUAGGCAGAAGAGCAGGGUCUGCAAAUUCUAUUUGCUCGACUUCUGCCCCCAUGACCUUUUUCCGAACACCCGGGUUGACCUUGGACCGUGCGACAGGGAGCACAGAGCAGACUUGAAGGUUGCCUUUGAGACAGACCCGGAGAGGGAGUUUUACCAAGCCCUCUUCGAGACCGAGUUUGCUCGCUACCUGCAACGACUGGUGGACCAAAUGGAAAACCGAAUCAAAAGAGUGCAGCAGCGGAUUGACGCAAACAACCAGCCAGUGGAGCUCUCAAAGGAGAACGAGGAGCGAGUGAAUUCUAUGAAUGCCGAAAUUUCGGAGCUGCUGAAGCAGCAGGAUGAAGCUGGAUCAAAGGGAGAUAUCGACGCAGCAGAAAAACUUAACGAAAAGGUGGCUUUCCUGCAGCGGGAGGUGUCGAGGCUGAAGAAUCCGAACGCCGACAUUGCGACCAUCCGCGAGUCGCAGCUGCGUGUGGGUGUCUUUUCCAAAUUGGGGUUUAGGGUUUAG